GUGCUUGGAUCAUAUGAUCUAUCAGUCUCCAGGGGCAAGAUGGCGUCUCGUGCAGAUCCCGUGUACUGGCUGGGCAAGAACACGCUGCGGGUGUCGGCAGCACUUUUUGCUGAGAAUCGCCGGCGUCUCUGCGAUGCACUAAAGGCCAAGGCUGAUCUACUGCCCCGAUCCGUGGUGCUGUUGCAGGGGGGCGAGCAGCAUCAGAGGUACUGCACUGACACCGAUGUCCUUUUCCGGCAGGAAUCCUUCUUCCACUGGGCCUUCGGGGUGACUGAGGCCGACUGCUACGGAGCCAUCGAUGUGGAUACCAGACGGUCCAUCCUCUUUGUGCCAAAACUGCCAGAGAGCUACGCUACCUGGAUGGGAAAGAUUCAUCCUCGGGAGCACUUCAAGGAGAAGUAUGGGGUGGAUGAAGUGCAGUACACCUCUGAGAUUUCCAAAACUUUAUCUGGCAUGAAUCCAGCAGUUCUUCUCACCCUGCGUGGACAGAAUACUGAUAGCGGGAGCAUCUGUCGUGAAGCCUCAUUUGAAGGCAUCAGCCGAUUCCAGGUGAACAACACUCUGCUGCACCCUGUGAUAGUGGAAUGCCGCCUGAUUAAGACCGACAUGGAGUUGGAGGUUCUGCGCUACACAAACCGCAUCUCCAGCGAAGCACAUAAAGAGGUAAUGAGAAAUAUGCAACCUGGAAAGAUGGAGUAUGAAAUGGAAAGCCUCUUCCAGCACUAUUGCUAUGCCCACGGAGGCAUGCGCCACACCUCUUACACCUGUAUCUGUGGCAGUGGAAACAACUCAUCCAUCCUUCACUAUGGCCAUGCUGGUGCUCCCAAUGACAAAGUGAUCACAGAUGGGGAUAUGUGUUUGUUUGAUAUGGGUGGGGAGUAUUACUGUUACACCUCUGACAUCACCUGUUCAUUCCCGGCCAACGGCAAAUUCACGGAGGACCAAAAGGUCAUCUACGAGGCUGUUCUCAAGUCCUCCCGUGCUGUCAUGGCUGCCAUUAAGCCAGGGGUGCUGUGGCCAGACAUGCACCGGCUGGCCGACCGCGUCCACUUGGAGGAGUUGGUGAAAAUCGGCAUUCUGCACGGCAGUGUGGAUGACAUGCUUAAGGUGCAUCUGGGUGCCGUCUUCAUGCCCCAUGGCCUGGGCCACCUGCUGGGGAUCGAUGUGCAUGACGUGGGGGGCUACCCAGAGGGGGUGGAGCGAAUCAGGGAGCCCGGCCUGCAGAGCCUGCGGAUGGGUCGCGUUGUGCAGGAGCGCAUGGUUCUCACAGUGGAGCCUGGUAUCUACUUCAUUGACCACCUACUAGACCAGGCCCUCGCCUCUCUGGCCCAGCGCUGCUUCAUCAAUAAUGACAUUCUGGCACGCUUCCGUGGAUUUGGUGGGGUGCGCAUUGAGGACGACAUUGCGGUGACUGCUGAUGGCAUAGAGCUGCUCACCUGUGUGCCGCGCACUGUGGAAGAAAUUGAGGAAUUCAUGGCAACGGGUGUGGACCGUUCCAAGGCCUCCAGCCAGAAGUCUUAAGCAUUUGUGUAAUAGCUGUCCAUUUCUGCACCUUCUGGCCCACCCCUAGGGAGCAGAUGGAGUGGAUAUAAUCAUAAAGCAUCAGCAAGAAAUUAAAUCAAUGAGCUGAUCAGUUUUGUACUUGCAUAAACCUAAUGUUUCAAUAAAGUGUGGAGUGUUUUAAUACUAGCUGAUGUCAAGCACAGGAUGGUGUAGUGGAUCUGUCCCUUACUUUGCCUCAUUGAAUCAUUAAAUUUUUUUUAUAAUCUUCCACUGCCUAGACAAGUGCUUUCUGCCUGCUAAAAUGUACAAAGCCAUAUGAUCUGUCCCUUGCCAAACUUUUCCUGUUAAAAAGCCAAUGUAAUAAAUGAUUGACUUAG